AUGUUAGAAAAAUUUGGUUUCACUCAGGUCAAACAUGCACGCACUCCUAUAGGCACUACCUCUAAACUCAACAAAGAUGAAUCUGGAGACCCGGUAGAUCCAACCCUGUACCGUAGCAUGAUAGGAAGCCUGUUGUAUCUCACAGCUAGUCAUCCUGACAUUUCCUUUAGUGUUGGUCUAUGUGCCCGUUAUCAAGCCAAUCGUAAACAGUCUCAUCUUACUGCUGUCAAACGUAUUUUUAAAUAUCUUGCAGGGACUAUCGAAUUUGGUUUAUGGUAUUCAUGUGAUACAACUAUGUCCCUGGUAGGGUAUAGUGACUCUGAUUGGGCAGGAUCUCUAGAUGAUAGGAAAAGUACUUCUGGGGGUUGUUUCUAUAUUGGGAACAAUUUGGUGUCUUGGUUUAGCAAGAAACAACAUUCUAUUUCACUCUCCACUGCUGAAGCAGAGUACAUUGCGGCUGGCAGCUGUUGUACUCAGCUCAUCUGGCUCAAUAAGAUGCUCACUAAUUAUGGCUAUCCCCAAAAGUCAUUGACCCUCUUUUGUGAUAGCACAAGUGCCAUUAACAUUUCCAAAAACCCAGUUCAACAUUCAAGGACCAAACACAUUGACAUACGUUAUCAUUUCAUUAGAAACAUGGUUGAGUCUAAAUUGCUAACAAUUUCUCAUGUUUCCACUAAUGCCCAGUUAGCAGAUUUGUUUACAAAAGCUCUUGAUGCUCAAACUUAUGCACAUCUCCGAACCAGCAUUGGUCUCUGUAUCAUCUGA